CCGGGGGAGGCAGUCCCGGGUGACACCCCACACUGCACAGCCCUGGUGCCCCAGGCUCUUUCCCCACCCCUGUGGCCCUAGUUGCCCUGCUUCUCCUCCCAGCCAUCCCCUUGGCUGGGAGAGGGACUUCCCUGUGCCUACCCUGUGAGCACCCCCAGUCUCUGGGGCUCCCCUUGCCUCCCAGAAGCGGCUCAGUGGGAGCUGUGGUGGGAGGUGGGACGCCAGGUAAGCUCUCUGGGGUCUGGAACUCUCUGUGGGCCCGGGUGGUUGCUGCAGCUGUCGGGUCCGAAGUGGUUUCCCUGAAGGACCAGAGCCUGGGGGUGGACGAAGUGCAGGGCAGGUGGUGGGCAGAGCCUCAGGGAUCUUGCCUCCUGUUUGGAUUGGAAGGUUCCCUGACCCACAAGGGCCUGCAGGAAUGCUGUGGCAGGCAGACCACUCCCCUGGGGUAACGUCAGCAGGGAGGUCUGAUAGAUCUGGAAAAGUGACAGAAAACAGCUGCCCACUAGGGAGCGGCUCCCGGCUGGGCUGACUGGCUGUGCUGAGACUGGCCGUUCACAGUCCUGGCAUCAGACGCAAGUCUUUUCCUCUUGGAGCGUCAAGCCCACGGGAAAUGCCACCUGGCCAGGCUUGGGAGGGAGGAAGGCGUUUUCUUGGGAAUGGUGGGCCCAAGUUUCUGCAGACCUUCUCAACCAACACAUGCUUCCCAACCCCCCUAUCCCCCACGGACAGCAACUGCAGGGACCCCAUGGGGGCUGACAGGCCAAGGCAGGUGGACCCAUGGAGGACUCGGGAUGGAAGGCAGGGCCCUGGGCUGCAUGGGAGACUGGCCUGUGACCAGAGAGUGGGAGCAGGGGUGCUGCUGUCCGGCAGAAUCUGGAAUUACUGAGCUGGGGUGCAGCCACUCCCAGGGGACCUGAGCGCAGGAAGAGCGUCUCCUUGGGCCAGGCCUUAUGCUAGAAACCAGGACCAGUGGCCCUGAUGGGAGAGGUGGGUGACGGGGGUCACAUGAAACGCUUAGGGGCACCCUUAGCUCUGAACGCAAGGCCGGUCACAGAGAAAGCCAUCGCUUCACAGAGGAGCCGUAUUACAACUGGACAAGGAUUCGUAUUUUGGCUCUAGGGGGGCCCGGCAGCCCCACACUCCUGACACAGGAAGCAGGCUGACGUGGAUCUCUACAAAGACAAUCUUUACUGACAGUCACAGGCCCCAGGCAAGCUCUGAGGUGAAGGAGGGCCCCAGCCCCUCCCACACUUGCCUGGGCACCUGCGGGCCGAGGGAGGGGUGACAGGACUCCCAAGGUGCUGAGACCAGAACCGGGCCUUCCCCGCGGCCCCAGGCUGGUGUGGAGGCCUCAGUGGGACCCUGAGUAGAGCUGCCCUCCCCAGCGCCUGUGUGAGCUCAGAGCCAGGAUCCCCACCUGGUGGGCUGUGCUCAGGUCUUUCCUGUCACCCAGAGCUGGUGAAGGUUGGCAGUUGCCUCUUGGCACCCCAGACACCAAGAGGAAAACGCUGCUGCCGUGAAGGACAAAGAUGCUUUGAAGACAGACUUGCCGGGGGCUGAGCCGUAGAGGGGGCGCAGUGGAGGCAGGCCCUCCGCCUCUGGCCUCAUCAGCUGUCCUUGCCUCCGCUGCUCCUCUGCUCGGGGGCUGCGGCCUUGGUCAGGUUCCCCGCUUCCCUCUUCAGGACACUAAGCAGAGUCUGUGAGCUCUCCAGGAUCUGCGAACAGAGACACCAGCCGGUUAGCACUGCUCCUCCUGUUGGAAAGCUCCCGUGGCCCGGCCCCCCUCCCGGGCCAGGGCCUGUCUCCCCUCUGAGUCUGGCCCAAAGCCCCUUCCUCACACCCUGGGAAGCCAGGCUGAGGUCAUGGCUCCUGCUGCUGCUCUGCGGCUCACAGUCCGGAACCCGCUACGCGGUGAUGAGUAUGGUGCCGACAACAAGACCCAGGUCACUCUGAGCGCGGUAUUGUCACCACGGGGGGCCUACAGCCUGUCUAGGCACCCCUGGGCCAGAAACCCUUGACGGGCUCGGUCCAGCACUCGGGCCCCCGAGCCCCACCUUGAGGUAGGCAGCCUCCGUCUCCGCGAUGGUCCGAUCGAACUCAUUCCGAGAGGCUAUUUUGCGAGCCAGGUUCUCGUUGACUCGGGCCAGCUUCUCUGUCAGCUGCCUCACUUCAUUCUGCAGCCGCUGCUUCUCCUCCUCUUCCUGCUGGAUCUGCCGGCACAACUCCUCCCGCUUCUGACACAGCUCUUCGAUGCCUAGGGUGGGCCGAGAGAGACAGGCGCGGUGGGCCCAGAGCAGAAUGGAGAGCACCGCCCCUCCAGCUCUGGAGCCCCCUGCUCUGGAGAAGAGAAGGCUAGUGGAUAGUGGAGGACCCGGGUGCCGGAUGGGCCACCUUUCGCCCGAGCCAGGCCAAUGUCCUGCGUCCGAAGAGUCUCAGAAUUAAGGAAAGCACCGCGCGAGGCUCGAGGCGCGAGGCCGGGAGGCCGUGCGUACUCAAGCCCAUCGUCCUCUGCUCACUCCACAGAUACCUAGCCCUCGGGGCGGGCCACAACGCGGCUGUGCGCUGGGCAGGUCCGCACGGCGUCCGCGCCGCCCCGGCCCGCAAAGCCGCGCACGGACCGUACAACACGCUCGGCCGCGCGCUGCGGGCCAGCUACUGCCCGGGACCGCAGGCCGGCGAGCCCCACGCCCUCCCAGCCUGCCCGGCGGGCCCCACCGCUCGGCCGCUCACACUUGACCAGCUCGUUGUUGUAGUUCUGCAGCGCCGCGCCCUGCUGGGUCAUGGUCGCCACCCGGGGUCCCGGCCGCUCCAACCGCCGUUACCGCAUCCGGGUCCGCGCCUGCGCACUGCCUACGGACGGCGCGUCCACGGUACACGUCACUGCCGCGCGCCUCUCGUUUGCGUCAUCGCCGCGCGCCGCGCCGGCGGCUCUAGGAGCUGGUGGGAGCAGAUGGCGGCGGCGGAAGCGGCGGCGCACAAUGACCCCGGACCUGCCCAAGAGCUGCUGGUGGCCUGGAAUACCGUGAGCACCGGACUGGUGCCGCCGGCCGCUCUGGGACUGUUUUCUGUACUCCAGGCAUCCUCCCGGACCAGCGGUGCGGUCCCUCCAAAGGAGGAGGAGCUCCGGGCGGCGGUGGAGGUUCUCAGGGGCCACGGUCUGCACUCGGUCCUGGAGGAGUGGUUCGCAGAGGUGCUGCAGAACGACCUGCAGGCUAACAUAUCUCUCGAGUUCUGGAAUGCCAUCUCCCAACGUGAGAACUGUGCAGACGAGCCCCAGUGUCUUCUGCUGCUCCUCGAUGCUUUUGGGCUCCUGGAGAGCCGCUUGGAUCCCUACCUGCGUAGUCUAGAGCUCCUGGAGAAAUGGACUCGCCUGGGCUUGCUUAUGGGCACCGGUGCUCAGGGGCUUCGGGAAAAGGUUCAUACCACGUUGCGGGGCGUCUUGUUCUUUUCCACUCCCAGAACUUUUCAGGAGAUGAUCCAGCGCCUCUAUGGGCGCUUCUUGAGAGUUUACAUGCAGAGUAAGAGAAGAGGAGAAGGAGGAACCGACCCCGAACUGGAGGGGGAAUUGGACAGCAGAUACGCCCGCCGCCGGUACUACCGCCUUCUGCAGAGCCCACUCUGUGCGGGAUGUGGCAGUGACAAGCAGCAGUGCUGGUGCCGCCAGGCGCUGGAGCAGUUCCACCAGCUCAGCCAAGUCCUACACAGGCUUAGUCUGCUGGAGCGGGUCAGUGCCGAGGCCGUGACUACCACCCUGCACCAAGUGACCCGAGAGAGGAUGGAGGACCGCUGCCGGGGCGAGUAUGAGCGCUCCUUCCUGCGUGAGUUCCACAAGUGGAUUGAGAGGGUGGUCGGCUGGCUGGGCAAGGUGUUCCUGCAGGACGGCCCCAGCAGGCCUGCGUCCCCGGAGGCUGGGAGCUCCCUGCGCCGCUGGCGCUGCCACGUGCAGAGGUUCUUCUAUCGCAUCUACGCCAGCCUGCGCAUCGAGGAGCUCUUCAGCAUCAUCCGAGACUUCCCGGACUCCCGGCCGGCCGUGGAAGACCUCAAGUACUGCCUGGAGAGGACCGACCAGAGGCCGCAGCUUCUUGUGUCCCUCAAGGCUGCCCUGGAGACGCGACUCCUCCACCCAGGCGUGAAUACGUGUGACAUCAUCACCCUGUACAUCUCCGCCAUCAAGGCGUUGCGCGUGCUGGAUCCCUCCAUGGUUGUCCUGGAGGUGGCCUGUGAGCCCAUUCGCCGCUACCUGAGGACGCGGGAGGACACGGUGCGGCAGAUCGUGGCAGGGCUGACCGGGGACUCGGAUGGGACGGGGGACUUGGCUGUUGAGCUGUCCAAGACGGACCCGGCCAGCCUGGAGACCGGCCAGGACAGCGAGGAUGACUCCGGCGAGCCAGAGGACUGGGUUCCCGACCCUGUGGACGCGGAUCCAGGGAAGUCCAGCUCUAAGCGGCGCUCCUCGGACAUCAUCAGCCUGCUGGUCAGCAUCUACGGCAGCAAGGACCUUUUCAUCAAUGAGUACCGCUCGCUGCUGGCCGACCGCCUGCUGCACCAGUUCAGUUUCAGCCCCGAGCGGGAGAUCCGCAACGUGGAGCUGCUGAAGCUGCGCUUUGGCGAGGCCCCAAUGCAUUUCUGCGAGGUCAUGCUCAAGGACAUGGCAGACUCGCGCCGCAUCAAUGCCAACAUCCGUGAGGAGGAUGAGAAGCGGCCCGCAGAGGAGCAGCCGCCGUUCGGGGUCUAUGCCGUCAUCCUCUCCAGCGAGUUCUGGCCGCCCUUCAAGGAUGAGAAGCUGGAGGUUCCCGAGGACAUCAGGGAGGCCCUGGAGGUCUAUUGCAGGAAGUACGAGAAGCUGAAGGCCAUGCGGACGCUCAGCUGGAAGCACACCUUGGGCCUAGUGACCAUGGAUGUGGAGCUGGCUGACCGUACCCUGUCCGUGGCGGUGACCCCUGUGCAGGCGGUGGUCCUGCUGUACUUCCAGGACCAAGCCAGCUGGACGCUGGAGGAGCUGAGCAAGGUGGUGAAGAUGCCCGUGGCGCUGCUGCGGCGGCGCGUGUCGGUGUGGCUGCAGCAGGGCGUGCUGCGAGAGGAGCCGGCCGGCACCUUCUCGGUGGUGGAGGAGGAGCGGCCCCAGGACCGGGACAGCAUGGUGCUCGUCGACAGCGACGACGAGAGCGACUCGGGCAUGGCCUCGCAGGCCGACCAGAGGGAGGAGGAGCUGCUGCUCUUCUGGACAUACAUCCAGGCCAUGCUGACCAACCUGGAGAGCCUGUCGCUGGAGCGCAUCUACAGCAUGCUGCGCAUGUUCGUGGUCACCGGCCCCGCGCUGGCCGAGAUCGACCUGCAGGAGCUCCAGGGCUUCCUGCAGAGGAAGGUGCGCGACCAGCAGCUCGUCUACUCCGCCGGCGUCUACCGCCUGCCCAAGAGCUGCGGCUGAGCCGUCGCCAGUCCCCGCCCGGCCCCCAGGAUGAGAGUAAAGCAGACGGUUCUUUCUC